UCCGGGGCUUCUGAGCCCCCUACCCAGCCCCCUCCAAACCAACCCGGGUGAACAGACGCCCUGCCAGGCCAGCGCAGCUGCUGGACACGGUCCUCGGCGACGCUACAACGAGACCGCGACCGCUAAGCCCCUCCUUUCGAGCAACUCUGGGGCCGCCCCUGGAAGUGGCGGGGCGGAGAGACCGAAGGAGCGACGCGCGGCAGCGAUGGAGCCGAGCGGCCUGGGCGCAGAGGCCGGCAUGGAGGGCGCGGCGGGUGACCCGUACCGGCCACCCGCGCGGCGCACGCAGUGGCUGCUGAGCGCCCUGGCUCACCACUACGGGCUGGACCGUGGCGUGGAGAAUGAGAUCGUGGUGCUGGCCACGGGCCUGGACCAGUACCUGCAAGAGGUCUUCCACCAUCUGGACUGCCGUGGCGCCGGCCGCCUGCCCCGCGCCGACUUCCGCGCGCUCUGCGCGGUGCUGGGGCUGCGCGCCGAGGGGGCCGCCGCCGCCGCCGGGGAGGCCACCGGGAAUGCGGCCGCCAGAGACGCGAGCUCCGGGAAUGUGACCGCCGGGGACACGGCCCCUGGGGUGGCCACCGACCAGGACGCAGAUGACGAGGAGGAGGCGCGCCUGGCCCUGAGUUCUGAGCCGCCCGAGCUAACCUUCCGCCAGUUCCACGCGCGCCUCUGCGGCUACUUCGGCACCCGCGCGGGGCCCCGGCUGCCGCGCGGCGCUCUCAGCGAGCACAUCGAGACGCAGAUCCGCCUGCGCCGCCCGCGCCGCCGCACGCCCCGCACGCCCCGCACGGCCGGCCCCGACGGCGGCCCGGACAGCGAGCGCUUGGCGCGCUUGGAGGAGGAGAACAGCAGCCUACGGGAGCUGGUGGAGGAUCUGCGCGCCGCGCUGCAGAGCAGUGACGCGCGCUGCCUCGCGCUGCAGGUCGGCCUCUGGAAGAGCCAGGCGGGCGCCGCGGAGGCGGGGCGCGGCGGGCCCGAGGCGGCGGCGCGGGAGCUGCGGGAGCUGCGGCAGGCGCGGGGCGCGCUGGCGGCGGCCGAGGCGCGCGCGGGGCGGCUGCGCCAGGGCCAGGCGGAGGUGCGGCGGCGCGCCGAGGAGGCCCGGCAGGCCGUGCUGCGCAGCCUGCGCCGCGUGCGCGAGCUGGAGGCCCUGGCGCGCCAGGUGCCCGGCCUGCAGCGCUGUCUGCGGCGGCUGGAGAGCGAGCUGCGGCGCUACAGGUCAGAGGGCACCCAGCUCCCAACCUCCCCACGAGCCAGCCCAGAGCCAGAAGCCAAGAGUGGUGAACCUGAGGACUGUGGGACCAGAGGCCCAGACCCCCCUCUACGCGGAGCCUGGCCGGCAGAUAGAGGCUCCGGGAGCAGAGCCCUGGAUGAAGCUGUGGAUGAGCAGCUGUUCCGCUCGGUGGAGGGCCAGGCCGCCUCUGACGAGGAGGAGGAGGACGAGGAGAAGUGGUGGGAGGAGCAGAGGCCGCAGGCCGAGGUGGAGACACUGCUGGCUCACCUCUCCAGCUGCGGGAGUGGGUGUGAUGACCAGAUGGCCAAGAAACUCAAGACUUACUUCAGCCUCUUUGGCUCUGCCAACCAUGCGCACACCCUGGGGGAGCUGGAGGCCCACAUCGCCAUGCUGGUGGAGCAGCUGGGGACCCAGGGCUGCAGCGGGAAGACCCUGGGGUCACCUGGGGAGGAGGCAGAGCUGCAGCGGAAGGUGGAUGAGAAUGAGCACUUGAGGCUGGAGCUGCAGAUGCUGGAGACGGAGCGGGUACGGCUGUCCUUGCUGGAGGAGAAGCUGGUGGACGUGCUGCAGCUUCUGCAGAGGCUCCGAGACCUGAACAUAUCGAAAAGAGCCCUGGGGAAGAUUUUGCUGGGCACACUGGAUGCUUGCAGGGACCUCGCACAUGAGGGGAUAUCUGGCCCCUCGGCCAUCCUGGAUGCCCUGCACCAAGCUUUGGCUGGCUGUGAGCUCUUGCGUAGAGAGCCCUCAACACCAGCCUCUGCAGCUCCCGUGCUCACCAGCUCCCUCCUCAUCUCCUGCUGAGGUCACUGGCCCAGCCUGGGGGCAGCCUAGUCAGCCUGGCCACCGUCAGACCAGCCUCCAGGAUCAGCCUGACCACCAUCACAUCCUUGGAACCCUGGAGGCCCUGGCUCCUUUUGAGGCCUUUUGAGCCCUCACACGGCAGAGCCUGGCAGCCAUCUCGUCCUUGGGCUUCUCCCAGAUUCCCUUGCAGCCCCUGCAUUCCUGCUGCCAGAGACCACAUUCAAGCCCUAUGGUUGCUGGAUCAGCCUGCACCUGCUGUUGCCUCCCCUGCCCUUGGAGCAGAGGUGCCCACUUUUCCGCCCAGCCCAGAAUCCCUUCCCUAGGCUCCCGGGAUCUCUUCUCUUCCCAGCACUGUCCCCUUCCUCCCACUAGUGUGCCUGCUGCAGAGACUCUGUGCAACCUUCAGGCCACACUGUUCCAUGGGGAAACUACCCAUGUGUCCAGAAAUGUUGAAGACCAGGCAGGACUGAGGGAAGUGUAAGGGGUGAGCGAUCACAGCAGGCUUCCUGGUGGAGGCUGGCCUUGAACCAGUUCUAGAAGAGAGGUAGGAUGUAGACGGGCAGAGAGAGGAAAGAAGGGCAUUGAACAUGAGGUAACAGCAAGCACAAAAGUGUGGUGCCAGGAAGAGCCCCAUUAAUAUGGUACCCAGAGCCCCUCUUCUCAAGCACGUAGUAGCUACUGGGCCUCAUGGAGUCACAGGAAGGAGCAAGGCAAGCUGCCUGGUCUCACCUACCUUAAAGUCUCAUGGAGAAAAAGAUACUUUGUCAAAUAGUGCAUUAUGGGUGAAAUCAGUGCUAAAUCGAGGUAAAAUAGAGUGGUCUGAUCCCAAGAGGGAUCUGUCUGUGCUGAGGAGGAUGGAUGCACUACA